CCCAAGCAAGGACAAACGUCUGCCGAGCCCCGAAAGCCUUGCUGGAUGCCCGCGGCCGGAUGGCUCUGAGCUCAGCCUGGUGUGCGGUCCUGCGUCUGUGGCUCCUCUGGGGCGCUGCCUGCUCCCGCGCGGCGUCCAGGGACGACAACGCUUUUCCCUUUGACUUUGAAGGGAGCUCAGCGGUUGGCAGACAGGACCCGCCUGAGACCAGCCACCCCCUCGUGGCUCCCGGAAGGCUGCCGCCUGCUGCAGAGACAUGUGGCGCCGGGUUCUUUCUUGCCCAGUCGGGAGAAUGCUUGCCCUGUGACUGUAACGGGAAUUCCAACGAAUGCCUGAACGGCUCUGGACUCUGUGUGCACUGCCAAAGGAACACAACAGGAGAGCACUGUGAGAAAUGCCUAGAUGGUUAUAUUGGAGAUGCCAUCAGGGGACCACCCCGGUUCUGUCAGCCAUGUCCCUGUCCACUACCAUACUUGGCCAAUUUUGCAGAAUCCUGCUAUAGAAAAAAUGGAGCUGUUCGGUGUAUUUGUAAAGAAAACUACGCUGGACCUAACUGUGAAAGAUGUGCUCCUGGUUAUUAUGGAAACCCCUUGCUUGUUGGAAACACCUGUAAGAAAUGUGACUGCAGUGGAAAUUCUGAUCCUAACCUGAUUUUUGAAGAUUGUGAUGAGAUCACUGGCCAGUGUAGGAAUUGCUUACGUAAUACCACUGGAUUCAAGUGUGAACGCUGUGCCCCAGGCUACUAUGGGGAUGCCAGGAUAGCCAAGAACUGUGCAGUGUGCAAUUGUGGAGGAGGCCCAUGUGACAGUGUAACCGGAAAAUGCUUGGAAAAAAGUUUUGAACCCCCUACAGGCACGGACUGCCCAACCAUAAGCUGUGAUAAGUGCAUCUGGGAUCUAACCGAUGACCUUCGCUUAGCCGCGCUCUCCAUUGAAGAAAGCAAAUCCGGUGUGUUGAGUGUGUCCUCCGGUGCCGCUGCCCAUAGACACGUGAAUGAAAUGAACUCCACCAUCUACCUCCUCAAAACAAAAUUGUCAGAAAGAGAAAACCAGUAUAUCCUAAGAAAGAUACAAAUCAACAACGCUGAGAACACAAUGAAAAGCCUUCUGUCUGACCUGGACGCAUUAGCUGAAAGGGAAAGUCAAGCUUCAAGAAAGAGCCAACUGGCUGAAAAGGAAAGUAUGGAUACCAUUAACCACGCAACUCAGCUUGUAGAGCAAGCCCACGACAUGAGGGAUACAAUCCAAGAGAUCAACAACAAGAUGCUGUACUAUGGGGAGCAGCAAGAUCUUAGCUCUGAGGAAAUCUCCGAGAAGCUGGUGUUGGCCCAGAAGAUGCUGGAAGAGAUUAGAAGCCGUCAACCAUUCUUCACUCAACGGGAGCUCGUGGAUGAAGAGGCGGACGAAGCCCAUGAAUUGUUGAGCCAGGCUGAGAGUUGGCAGCGGCUGUACAAUGAUACCCGCUCUCUGUUUCCUGUGGUCCUGGAACAGCUGGAAGACUACAAUGCCAAGUUGUCAGACCUUCAAGAAUCACUUCACCAGGCCCUUGACCAUAUCAGGGAUGCAGAAGACAUGAAUAGAGCCACGGCAGCCAGGCAGCGGGACCACGAGAAACAACACAACAAAGUGAGAGAACACAUGGAUGGGGUGAAUGCCUCCCUGAGGACAUCUUCAGACUCUCUGGUAAUGCCUCGUCUGACCCUUGUAGAACUUGAUGAAAUAAUAAAGAUCCAAGUCUCCAUGAUGUUUGAUGGCCAGUCUGCAGUCGAAGUGCACCCUAAAGCCAGGAUAGAUGACUUAAGGACCUUCACGUCCCUGAGCCUGUACGUGAAACCUCCUGUGAAGCAGCCAGAACUGGCUGGGAUUGCAGAUCAGUUUAUCCUGUAUCUCGGAAGCAAAAACGCCAAAAAAGAGUAUAUGGGUCUUGCAAUCAAAAACGAUAACCUGGUGUAUGUCUAUAAUUUGGGAGCUAAGGAUGCAGAGAUUCCCCUAGACUCCAAGCCUGUCAGUUCAUGGCCUGCUUACUUCAGCAUCGUCAAGAUUGAAAGGGUAGGAAAACAUGGAAAGGUGUUUUUAACAGUCCCAAGUCUCAGUAGCACUGCAGAGGAGAAGUUUAUUAAAAAGGGGGAGUUUGCAGGGGAUGACUCCUUGUUGGAUCUGGACCCCGAGGACACUGUGUUUUAUGUUGGUGGUGUGCCUUCAAACUUCAAGCUUCCUGCCAGCUUAAACCUGCCUGGCUUCCUUGGCUGCCUGGAAUUGGCCACUUUGAAUAAUGAUGUGAUCAGCUUAUACAACUUUAAGCACAUAUAUAAUAUGGAUACCUCCAAGUCAGUGCCCUGUGCCAGAGAUAAACUGGCCUUUACUCAGAGUCGGGCUGCCAGCUAUUUCUUCGAUGGCUCUAGUUAUGCUGUGGUGAGGGAUAUCACCAGGAGAGGGAAAUUUGGUCAGGUGACUCGUUUUGACAUAGAAGUUCGAACACCAGCUGACAAUGGACUUGUGCUCCUGAUGGUCAAUGGAAGUAUGUUUUUUAGCCUGGAAAUGCGCAAUGGUUACUUGCAUGUGUUCUAUGACUUUGGAUUUAGCAAUGGCCCUGUGCAUCUUGAAGACACUUUGAAGAAAGCUCAAAUUAAUGAUGCAAAAUACCAUGAGAUUUCAAUCAUUUACCACAAUGAUAAGAAAAUGAUUUUGGUAGUUAACAGACGACAUGUCAAGAGCAUGGACAAUGAAAAGAUGAAAAUACCUUUCACAGACAUAUACAUUGGAGGGGCUCCCCCAGAAAUCUUACAAUCCAGGACUCUAAGAGCACACCUCCCCCUAGAUAUCAACUUCAGGGGAUGCAUGAAGGGUUUCCAGUUCCAAAAGAAAGACUUCAAUUUAUUAGAACAGACAGAAACCCUGGGAGUUGGUUACGGAUGCCCAGAAGACUCUCUUAUAUCUCGCCGAGCAUAUUUCAAUGGACAGAGCUUCAUUGCUUCAACCCAGAAAAUAUCUUUCUUUGAUGGCUUUGAAGGAGGCUUUAAUUUCCAAACAUUACAGCCAAAUGGAUUACUAUUCUAUUAUGCUUCAGGGUCAGACAUGUUCUCCAUUUCGUUGGAUAAUGGCACUGUGACCAUGAACGUAAAGGGAAUCAAGGUGCAAUCGGCAGAUAAGCAGUACAAUGACGGGCUGUCACACUUCAUCAUUACCUCUGUCUCACCUGCAAGAUAUGAACUGAUAGUAGAUAAAAGCAGACUUGGGAGUAAGAAUCCUACCAAAGGGAAAGCGGAACACACACAAAUAGAUGAAAAGAAGUUUUACUUCGGUGGCUCGCCCAUCAGUCCCCAGUAUGCUAAUUUUACCGGCUGUAUAAGUAAUGCCUACUUUACCAGGUUGGACAGAGAUGUGGAGGUCGAAGAUUUCCAGCGGUACUCUGAAAAGGUCCACACUUCCCUUUACGAGUGUCCCAUUGAAAAUUCGCCAUUGUUGCUCCUUCACAAAAAAGGAAAAAAUUCCUCAAAGCCUAAAACAAGUCAGAAUAGAAAGGUAAAAGUUGAUGCUGUGCCAAGUGCCCGAAUGCUUCUGGCUGCGCAGAUCCUGGCGGUACCUAUUCUUGCGGAUCAUGUGCUGGAGGCUGCUCAGGGUGGCCCGCGUGUUCUUGUUGAAGGUGGUCUGCAGGUAGGAGGUGGCCGGCUUUCGCUGGCCGGAUCUCCGCUUCAUGAUGACCACCACACCUUUGCCGUGGACGCCAGCUCCACGCCCACCAUCUUGCGGCGAAAUCAGUGUUUUGUAUCCUUCAGGAAGAAUGUGGAAGUUAGCCUAUUAGAGAUCACCCUCAGUCUCAUUUCACACGUGGCAACCUUUUUCUUUUCAUUCGCCAGAUCUCAGUUUUCCAUUCGUCUGAAAACUCGCUCCUCCCAUGGGAUGAUUUUCUAUGUCUCAGAUCAGGAAGAAAAUGACUUCAUGACUCUAUUCUUAGCCCACGGCCGCUUGGUUUUCAUGUUUAACGUUGGCCACAAGAAACUGAAGAUUAGGAGCCAAGAGAAAUACAAUGAUGGAUUGUGGCAUGAUGUGAUAUUUAUUCGGGAAAAGAGCAGCGGCCGGCUGGUAAUUGAAAAGAGCAGCGGCCGGCUGGUAAUUGAUGGUCUUCGAGUCUUAGAAGAGAGUCUCCCUCCUACGAGAGCUGCCUGGAAAAUCAAAGGUCCCAUGUAUUUGGGAGGUGUCGCUCCUGGGAGAGCUGUGAAAAAUGUCCAGAUAAACUCAGUCUACAGUUUCAGUGGCUGUCUCAGCAAUCUCCAGCUCAAUGGGGCCUCCAUCACCUCUGCUUCUCAGACAUUUAGCGUGACUCCUUGUUUUGAAGGUCCAAUGGAAACGGGAACAUACUUUUCAACAGAAGGAGGAUACGCAGUUCUAGAUGAGUCUUUCAACAUUGGAUUGAAGUUUGAGAUUGCCUUUGAAGUCCGUCCCAGAAGCAGUUCCGGAACCCUUGUCCACGGCCACAGUGUCAACGGGGAGUACCUAAAUGUUCACAUGAAAAAUGGUCAGGUCAUAGUGAAAGUCAACAAUGGCAUUAGAGACUUUUCCACCUCAGUAACUCCCAAGCAGAGUCUCUGUGAUGGCAGAUGGCACAGAAUUACAGUUAUUAGAGAUUCAAAUGUGGUUCAGUUGGAUGUAGACUCUGAAGUGAACCAUGUGGUUGGACCCCUGAAUCCAACACCAGUUGAUCACAGGGAGCCUGUGUUUGUUGGAGGUGUUCCAGAGUCUCUACUGACACCACACUUGGCCCCCAGCAGACCCUUCACAGGCUGCAUCCGUCACUUUGUGAUUGAUGGGCGCCCAGUGAGCUUCAGUAAAGCAGCCCUGGUCAGCGGCGCCGUGAGCAUCAACUCCUGUCCAGCAGCCUGACACAGCAGAGCAAAGAUGCCCAAGUACAAAGUUCUUCAGAGCACUGAGAGGGCCACCAAGCCAGCCGGAGGACCAGCAGCCCUUCCUCCUGCGGGAGCUUUCAGCCACGACUUAAAGGGAUCAUCAGGGACUGGAUGUUUAUUUCUCAUUUGGAUUCUUACUUUGGAUCUAAAAUGUCUGCAAUCAAAGAAGUGUUAAACUUACUUGUAUUGUAUUACUGCCUGCUGGUGAAAUUACUGUUCCUGUUUCUAAUAAAAUAGAAGAGACACAUUUUUAAAGUG